UGAAGGCAGCAAAAGGUCUGCUAAACUUCAGAAGGAAGGAGGACUUCUCUUUAUGUCCACCGCUUGCUUCUCCUGUGGUAGCUGUCGGCCGUCCCAGCGAAGACACACCGUGUUCAGCUUCUGGAGCCUCUCCGAAGAGUGAACAUCCUGUCCGGGGGAGGAGCAGUUCUGAUUGCCGCCUUCAGAUCACUUUGCCGGAUGAGUUUUGUUGGCGGGAGAGCCCUGACUUCCUGUAGCUGAGUAAGAGAAGGAAAAGAGGCCUUCCGUCCACUUCCAAAUAUUGUACUCCUAUCGAAGCCUGCUGCCUGCUUGGAACAAUGGCCAGAAGAUGCGCCCUCGCCUUGUUGCUUCUUGCAGCGUGCUGCUGCCUGGCAUCUGCAGGGUCAUUAUUUCCUAGCCCGUGCGAGUUGCUGCCGGUGGGUGUGGGCCACCCUGUGCAGGCCGCACUGAAGAGCUUCACAGCUCUGUCAGGCUGCGCCAGCCAGGGAACCAGCGGUCUCCCCCAGGAGGUCCACAUCAUCAAUCUACGAGGCGCCGCACCCUCACGCACAUCUGACGACGAUCCUGUGGAGGUGGAGCUGCACCUGAAGCCCAUCCAGUCACUGCUGCGCCACCAGAAGCCGCUGGUCUUUGUGCUCAACGCCCCGCAGCCGAUCAUCUGGAAGAUCAAGACAGAGAGCCUGCCCCUGGGCAUCAAACGCACCUUUUAUGUAAACGAGGGCUCAGAGGUGCGCUUCCCACCGGGCAACUUCUCCCUGUCCUGCCAGGUCCACAAGGAGCAUCUCCCCCAUGGCAACGAGCACCUCCUCAACUGGGCCCUGAAGACUUACCAGGCGGUCACCUCCUUCUCCGAGCUCAGGAUGACACAGGACAUUUACAUCAAAGUUGGAGAAGAUCGCGUCCUCCCGGACACCUGCAAGAUUGAUAACAAGUUCUUGUCUCUCAACUACCUGGGGGGGUACAUGGAGCCGCAGUCCUCCAAAGGUUGUGUCCUGUCUGGACCCGACAAGGACCAGGAGGUCCACAUAAUCGAGCUCCAAGCCCCUAACUCCAGCAGUGCUUUCCAGGUGGAUGUCAUCGUGGAGCUGAGGCCCCUGGAGGAUGACGCGCCUCUCCACCGUGAUGUUGUAUUGCUGCUCAAAUGCACCAAGUCGGUCAACUGGGUCAUCAAGUCUCACAAUGUGGUGGGCAAGCUCAGCGUUGUGGCGUCCGAUAGUGUGAGUGUCAGUUCUGGUACAGAGAGACUGAUGCAGGUGUCCAAAUCCCCAAAGCAGCGCAUGCCAUCCGGGCCCCAAGCGCUGAUCCAGUGGGCGGAGCAGCACAACUACGGCCCAGUGACGACGUACACCAGCACACCUGUGGCCAAUCUCUUUGACGUGUGGCUGAAAGAACAAGAUGUGGAUCAUCACCCGGACACCAUGUUGCCUCCAGAGUUCGCCAUCCUGCGCGACUCCGGUCCCGCAACGGGAGGACGGGGAGGGGCUUUGCGGCACUCUGGCCUGCCCUUCCCUUUUCCUCCUUCCGUGUCCGAGGGCCUGCCACACCUACUGCCCUCCCUCCUAGACGACCUCCCCUGGGAGAAGGCGGAGCCUGAGGAGCAUCGGGCUGUAGUCAGCGUGGGCCUAGCCGUGCAUUGUGAAGACACCAAGAUGGUGGUCAGCAUCAGCAAAGACAGCCUGCAGGCCAAUGGGUUUGCGCACGUCAACCUCACGCUUCAAGACCCCGAAUGCAAAGCAGAGGUCAACGCCACCCACUACACACUGGAGACUCCUCUGACUGGCUGCCAGACCACCAUUUACCCCCUGCAGGGAAGCACCAGCGACCUCUACAUCAACACUGUCUUGAUAAGUCAUGCUGAGUCCAAGGACGGAAGCGGCGGCCCCGGUGAAUACGAGGACCUGGAAUCGGGAGAGGUCCUGUUCCCUAGGGAAGCUGUGGAUCUGGAAAAGACGCCACCCCGAGAUCAGCUGUCAAUCAUAACAUUCAACUGCACUUACCAGCAGUCCCGGGAACCCCAACACACACUUCCCAAGAAUAUCCCAGGAAGCACGCAGCCGGUGGACAUGACGUUUAGCAUGGAGCUGUACGAUGGCCCGCCCUCCAGUGAGCCAUCCCGCCAGGCCUUCUCCACCGUCUCUCAGAACCAGCGAGUAUUUGUGGAGGUGACCUCAUCCUCAUCAGACAUGGACAUGGGCUUCACCAUCCUUUCCUGCUUCGUCUCGCCCAACGGCAGCCCCAGCGUGGAGUCAAGCUACACUCUUAUCGAAACCCUUUGCCCCACGGACGACUCGGUACGCUUCUCUCCUCGUGACCCGGCAGACAAAAAGACCUUCAGCUUCACCUUCAACUCGGACUUCAACAUGUCGCUUCUGUUCCUGCACUGCAAGAUGUCCCCGUGCGCUAGAACGUCUCCCGGCACCCUCGGCCUUGCACCGUGCUUACGGCCGAGGCAACAGUGCGACUCUGUGAACCUGGAUGACAUCCUCACCAUGAUGAUGAACGCCAAGACCUCCAGCAAAGCUCUGAUGGUGCUGGAUGGAUCCGCUCAUCCCGGCAUGACAGAUUUGCCACCAUAUCUGGACCCUCAGAGCCCGGAUGAUCCAACACUUAAAAACACGGUGCACGUGCUGGACACGCCGACCGUGGUGGUCAUUGCCUUCGCCGCUUUCGUGAUCGGAGCGCUAUUGACCGGAGCGCUGUGGUUCAUCUACUCUCACACAGGCGGGACGGCGGGCAGCGCGCAGCAGAUCCAGAAGUGUCAGCCGGCCUCGGAGAACAGCAGUGCCGGCCACAGCAUCGGCAGCACGCAAAGCACACCCUGCUCCAGCAGCAAUAACGCGUAGCAUGCACAGCUACGUGGGUCCACAAUGUCCUCCAAUCAAAGACUAUGUUUGGGUGGAAAGUCCUCAUGAGAGUCCACAAUGGUUGGACACCCGUCUUUUGGCCUCCUCAUUGGAGACAUUUUAUGAAUUUGGUUCAGCCUGAAACAGCCUGAUUGGAAGAGUUUAGAUGAUGUCACCACCACAUUUUAUUUCCAAUACGUUUGUCCCUAAAGAGUAUCAUGUCGUCUCAGCUUAAAAAUCCGCUUCGUUUUUUUUAGCAGAGCAGGAAAACCCAAUGUCGUGAUCGCGACUGGACAACCCCAAAGUGCGGCAAAGCUGGACCGGGAAAGAACAUCAGAACCACUAUUACAUUGUGAGUGGUCUAAAGUGGUAUGUAAAGAAAGCUAUCUUUCUUGAAUGUAUUCAGAAGUUAAGAAGAUGCCAAACAAUGUGAAAGACAAAUGUGAAGACAUACUGAUUUUUUUACAUUUUUCUAUGCUUAUUUCUUCUUUUUUAUUUUCUUCUUUUUUAUUUCUUUUGUAAACAGUGCCUUUUUAUAUACAAGUAGUCAUAGCUAGCUAAGCUAAGUUAAGCUAGCUACGCUAUUUGAGGUUGUUGGUUUGUUUUUAAUAAUUGUUUCCAAAAUGAGACCAAAAGGUUGAUACCACUCUGGAUUAGCAGCAAACCCACUGGAGAAAUACACACAUAACAUUGGACAUAACAUUGGAAACUUAUUAUAUUGAAUAUAAUAACAUGCUCUUAUGCAAAGCUAGGCUAACUGUACCAACGCAAACAUUAAAAGAGUGGUACCGACCCUCUCAUCUCGUUCCAGGAAAGACAGAAAAUGAGGCCAAAACGUUGCAAUUGUCGUUUUGUAUCGUAUGUAUUUGUGUAAAUAUUGUAAAUAUAGUAAAAAGUUGAAUGUGACGCUCACGGUGUUAGCAACAUAGCAUUUCACUUCCUCUUGUCAGCGCAGCAGUAUGGAACGCCGUCCUUGUAAGCAGAAAAAUGUCACUUGCAUUUCAGAAAGUGUACGUAAAAUUCAGUGAUGCGACAAUUCGAGUCCACUUUUGCCUCCGCUAGCUCAAACUGAAGCUUAGCCUAAAAAUACUGCUUGCAUCACCAAUUACAUCCGAUUAUUUCCCACUUUAAUUAACGAGGAAUUAAUUGAUUAGCUGACUUAAUUCUUCCAGUAAAAUUUUAGUAUAAAUAUGAACAUUGUCACGGAAGUGAUUAGUUUGGUUUUGCUGGACUCGUUGCCACCUUGCGAAUUUGACGAGCGUUUGCGCCAGUACCUUCCACCUGUGUGUUUCUUUACAAAUGUAAACAUGUAUAAAACUUUAUACAGAGGGAAAAGAGUAUAAGUACUUUUAAAUCUAUAUAUAUGUAUAUAUAUAUUUGUGUAUAAAAUUAUAUUUUGGAAUAUAUUUACAGAGAGAAUUACUGUGAAAUGAUUUCUUUUUCUGGGUUUGCUGAUUCAUGUCAUGUAAGCAGGAAAAAUUUACGGAUGUAAAUGACAUUUGUGUAAAACAUGUUUAGUGACUCUUUUGCUUUUUAUAUAUUUUCAUGUAAAAAAAAUGUUGCUAAAUAAAC